AUGAGGCCCCUACUACUAUACGCUACUACAAUUUCCCUCUACACCAGAACUCUACUAGUAUCGGCCGGAACAAUUACAGUAACCUCCUACGUUACAGUAAACCCUACAAUCACGGAAGUGAACACUAAGCAUAGGUGCUUUGAAACUCAAUUGCCCUAUUGUCAUCAUGUUGAAUUCCUCCUCGGAACUAAGUUAUUCGGCAAUGCAUUCACUUUCGAUAGCAUGAGCGAACAGUUUACAUUCACCGCCCUUAAAAAUGUGAUUACCGAAGAGACGGAGAUCAAGAAAACGGGGACUCAGUCGGGCAUAUCGACAAUUGAGAAGACUGUACAUAUGGCGCCACAGGUGGCGUCAAAAGCGCCUAUUACAAUGACAAAGGUCGCUGGGAGUAUAACUCUCAUGUUUGGGGACGCAGGAAGCCGGUCAUCUGGGUCAUCUGGUACCAAGAGGGCGCCCGGGGAGAAUGAAAAUUCUGGAGUAUAG